AUGGACGGCAGGGUUGGAGAAAUCAGCCAGGUGGCCGCGAUGGGCGGGACAUUGUUGGUCGGCAAGCCGAUCGAGGCCGCAAGACUGAGCCCGGCGGGGAGGGUUGCAAGCGUCGCUGGCUUGGGGCCCGAGGCGGCGAGGAUCCGAUCCGCGUUCACUGCUCUCGCCCUGCUUUCUCGGCACCUGUUUCGCCGCACGGCAGCACCAGAAGCAAAUGCCACGAUCGUCCCUGAGUCUGUGACGUCUUUGACCCUGGACGGCUCGGAGUUCGGCAAUCCACAGCUGCCAUUGUUUGAGGGUCCCAAUCUCGUCUUGUCUACGCCACAACAACACAAGGUCCAGCUAGCCAAGUCACUCAAACUGCUGAGGCCCAUGUCUUUCGAAGCUGCCGUGGGCGCUUCCGCCCCGCCGUCCGCCCAGGCGCCGAGCAGGGAGGAGGUAUCACGGGGAGAGGCCUCUUCAUCAUGA